GCUCUGCUCAUCACUGCCACAACUGCUAAAAUGGAGGUGGUUUCAGCAGAAGUCAACAGCUUGCUCCCUGAGGAAAUAAUGGACACUGGUAUAACUCUGGUGGAAGACGACAGCAUCGAGGCGGUUAUCGUGUCGUCGCCGAUGGGAGAUUCUAUUCCCAUGGAAACAGAACUGGAAGAAAUAGUGAACAUAAGCUCCACCAGCGACUCUGCAGCUACGACUACAGCCACAGUCACCACAGAAUCAGUUACUGCACCCAGCAAUCACUCAGGCGACGCUGCAGUGAACACCACAACCCCAAAAACUGAUGUGAAUGCGGUAGUAAAGCCUACCUUUCCAAGUGGCCUCCAUAAACUUGGUGCUCAGACCCCUGUCACUAUAUCAGCCAAUCAAAUUAUUCUGAACAAGACUGCCGAUAUUAAAAUAGGCAAUCAGAGUAUUAAACCAGAUGGGCAAAAGCUAAUUGUAACAACUUUGGGCAAGUCUGGUCAACCUAUUGUUUUGGCAUUACCCCACAGCCAACUCCCACAGGCGCAGAAGGCCACGUCCCAAGCCCAAGGUGGAGACUCCAAGGUACAAGGCCAGCAGAUCAAAGUUGUUAUUGGAGGUCGGUCGGAAGUGAAACCUGUUGUUGGUGUCUCAGCUUUGACGCAAGGAAGUCAGCUGAUAAACACUGCGGCCCAGCCUUCUGUUUUGCAGACCCAGCAAUUAAAAACAGUGCAGAUUGCGAAGAAGACCCGAACCCCGACUUCUGGCCCAGUGAUCACCAAGCUGAUAUUUGCAAAACCAAUCAAUAGCAAAGCUGUUACAGGGCAGACCACUCAAGUAUCACCAGUCGUUGCAGGUAGGGUUCUUUCACAGUCUGCUCCGGGAACACCACCAAAGACAAUAACGAUCUCUGAGAGUGGAGUCAUUGGAUCAUCUCUGAGUACAACAACACAACAGACACCGAAUAAAAUAGCUAUCUCGCCACUCAAAUCCCCUAAUAAGCUAACAGUGGUGUCAGUGGCCUCCCAGCCUCCCAGCUCCCCCCAGAAGACGGUGGGCGUCCCACUGAACGUAGCGUUAGGACAGCAGAUCCUCACAGUGCAGCAGUCAGCACCCUCCUCCCCUGGGAAGGCUAUAGUCAACCACACAACCGCCCAGGCUGUGAAAUCAGCAGUGCAGACCAUUACUGUAGGAGGAGUGGGUACAUCUCAAUUUAAGACAAUUAUUCCCUUGGCAACUGCACCCAAUGUUCAGCAGAUUCAGGUACCUGGAAGCAAGUUCCAUUAUGUUAGACUCGUUACUGCCACAACAGCCAAUAGUUCAACCCAGUCAGCCAGUCAAAAUCCCAGUACGAAUACACAACCUCUUCAACAGGCGAAGCCAGUGGUGGUGAAUGCGACCCCAGUGCGGAUGUCUGUUCCCAUAGUGCCAGCACAGACUGUGAAACAGGUGGUGCCCAAACCGAUCAACCCAACUUCCCAGAUAGUUACUACUAGUCAGCCCCAACAAAGACUUAUUAUGCCAGCCACUCCACUGCCACAGAUACAGCCCAACCUCACCAACCUCCCACCGGGCACUGUACUGGCACCAGCGCCUGGCACGGGAAAUGUCGGGUAUGCCGUCCUUCCAGCUCAGUACGUCACACAGCUACAGCAAUCAUCAUAUGUAUCUAUAGCAAGCAACACUGGCUUUACAGGGACAUCUAGUAUCCAGUCCCAAGCACGACUACCAUUCAACGGAAUAAUUCCUUCUGAAUCUGCAAACCGCCCCAGGAAGCCCUGCAAUUGUACUAAGUCUCUAUGUUUGAAAUUGUAUUGUGAUUGUUUUGCAAACGGUGAAUUCUGCAAUAACUGCAACUGUACAAAUUGUUAUAACAACCUGGACCAUGAAAACGAUAGGCAAAAAGCAAUAAAGGCCUGCCUUGACAGAAACCCUGAAGCCUUCAAGCCCAAAAUAGGGAAAGGAAAGGAAGGAGAAUCAGAUCGGAGACACAGCAAAGGGUGUAACUGUAAACGUUCGGGAUGCCUCAAAAACUACUGCGAAUGUUAUGAGGCAAAAAUCAUGUGUUCUUCCAUAUGCAAAUGCAUUGGCUGUAAAAAUUUUGAAGAAAGCCCAGAGCGAAAGACACUGAUGCAUUUAGCAGAUGCUGCCGAAGUUAGGGUCCAGCAGCAGACCGCUGCAAAGACCAAGUUAUCUUCCCAGAUCUCAGAUCUGCUGACAAGGCCAACACCAGCACUCAGCAGUGGUGGUGGGAAGCUGCCCUUUACGUUUGUAACCAAGGAGGUCGCUGAUGCAACCUGCGAAUGCCUUCUCGCGCAGGCAGAGCAAGCGGAGAAGAUGGGCAAGUCAAAAGCUGCAGCAGAGCGCAUGAUCCUGGAGGAGUUUGGACGCUGUUUGAUGCGAGUUAUUAACUCUGCCGGGAAGUCCAAAAGUGACCCUUGUGCCAUGAACUGCUGACUCGUGCACAUGAGCCACAAUAAAGAGGACUGAACAGAACACUUAAGGCACAGGGACACUUUGGUUUGGCAUAGAGGAUUUAAUAAUAUUUGUUAAUUUGGUGCUUGUUGUAAAUUGACCUGUGUAAGUUUGAAACAAGAAGAUGUUUUAUAAAAAGA